GCUUUGAAAGGAAGAUGGCAACGAGUGUUCUGAAUGCAGUAACUCUACUUAAGACUGGAGUUGCUAUUCCCAUUAGAUGCAGUUGAACUCUUGCAUUUCCAGCGCUGCAUAAUCCUUAGGCUAUUUACGCAAAAGUGAGUCCCUCCGGUUUGCAUUUACAUUUACUCACGGGUAAUUGUAAGAUUUCCGAUUUGCUUCCUUUCACUAUCCUGAAACGCCGCUUUAACCAGGCUGGAUCCCUUUUUAAAGUAAGGCAUAAGAAGCUAAUUGGAAUUGGGUAAAAUACUCCCAAUUCGAGUUUUCAGAAUGGCACAGAACAAAGAGCAAGGAAGUGGCUGCUUGGGGGAAAGCUGUACAAGCCAUUUUCAAAUACAGUCUUAUUUAAUUUAAUUUCACACAAACUGCUUCCAAAACUACUGACCUAAAACCCUCAUUCUAAACACAGCUGUAAUGCUGAGCAGCACCUACAAACUUCCUCGUGGAACAGCAGCGCCCCACCCACUCUUGUUGCAAGAUAAAGGCUAGUGGGGAAGUAAUUAGGUGCAGGAGAGGAAGGGCGAUAGUAAUUCUCACUUCCACAAACACAGUAAAAAAAAAAAGGGAACAGGGAACAAAGGGUUAAAACCUCAGCCCCCGGCAGGGAAAGUCACACGUGACUGCAUGGAAUGUCUGCCGGCAGAGGGAGAAAACUUUAGAAGUGCUGCUGCAACUGCUGCCACUACUUUGCAAACGCAGAGCGCCUUUCCCAGAAACUUUACGCACAGAAGCGGGAGAAGACCAUGCAGAAGAUUUGGAUCCGAGGCGGGCGAGUUGUGAACGCGGACUGUUCACAAGUUGCGGAUGUGUACGUGGAGGAUGGGAAAAUCAAAGCGGUGGGGGCGCAUCUCCAGCCGCCAUCCCUAGCAGGCGUCCAGGUGAUAGAUGCCUCCAACAAACUGGUUCUGCCCGGAGGGAUUGAUCCUCACACGCACCUGCAGUUCCCCUUCAUGGGCACGCAGUCGAAAGACGACUUCUAUCAAGGGACCAAGGCUGCUGUAGCAGGAGGCACGACAAUGAUCAUUGACUUUGCGAUACCUCAGAAAGGCUGUUCUCUCAUUGAAGCCUAUGAGAGAUGGAGAAGCUGGGCAGAUCCCAAAGUCUGCUGCGAUUAUGCACUUCAUGUGGCCGUCACAUGGUGGAGCGACAAGGUUAAAGAAGAGAUGAAAAUCCUAGCCCAGGAGAAGGGUGUAAACUCCUUUAAGAUGUUUAUGGCAUAUAAAGGUGUCUAUAUGGUUGGAGAUCUAGAGUUACACUCUGCCUUUUCGCAAUGCAAACAAAUUGGUGCGAUUGCUCAAGUCCAUGCAGAAAAUGGGGAUCUGAUUGCAGAGGGUGCAAAGAAGAUGUUAUCCCUGGGAAUAACUGGUCCAGAAGGGCACCAACUGUGUCGCCCGGAAGAAGUGGAAGCUGAAGCCACGCUGAGAGCAAUCACCAUAGCAAACUCGGUGAACUGCCCUCUCUACGUAGUUCAUGUGAUGAGCAAGUCUGCAGCCACGGUGAUCGCAGAUGCACGAAGGCAAGGGUUGGCUGUAGGGUACUUUCCAUAUUCUUUCGGAUGUUAUUGGCAUUCAUACCAGACCCUGAAAGUACAGGUAAAAGGGAAAGUUGUUUAUGGGGAGCCUAUAGCUGCCGGCCUUGGAACGGAUGGCACUCACUACUGGCAUAAGGAAUGGUCCCAUGCUGCAGCACAUGUCAUGGGCCCACCCUUGAGGCCGGAUCCUGCUACUCCAGACUUCCUGAUGAAUCUUUUGGCAAAUGGUGACUUAACUGUGACAGCGACAGAUAACUGUACCUUUGACAUCUGCCAGAAGGCUUUGGGGAAGGAUGAUUUUACCAAGAUCCCCAAUGGGGUGAAUGGGGUGGAGGACAGGAUGUCAGUUGUGUGGGAAAAAGGAGUGCAUAGUGGCAAAAUGGAUGAAAACAGAUUUGUGGCAGUCACCAGCACGAAUACAGCUAAAAUCUUUAACCUGUACCCAAGGAAAGGGAGAAUAGCUGUGGGCUCUGAUGCUGACAUUGUCAUUUGGGACCCCAAAGCUACAAGGACGAUCUCAGCAAAGACUCACCACCAAGCCAUCGACUUCAACAUAUUUGAAGGCAUGGUCUGCCAUGGGGUAGCAGUGGUGACCAUUUCGCGAGGCAAAGUGGUUUACCAAAACGGUGUGUUCCACGUUGCAGCAGGAGACGGGAGAUACGUUCCCCGUGAGCCAUUCCCUGAAUAUGUCUACAAACGGAUCAGGCAGCGGGAUCAGGUUUGCCAGCCUGUUCCUGUCAAGCGAGCACCAUAUGUGGGCAAAGUGAUUGCAGUUGCUGCUGAGGGAAAAUAAUUCCCACAAUACAGUUCAUCUUUGACAUGUCAAAAAACCAGAUGAAAAUAAUUCUGUUCGCCCGGCUUCUGCAACCUACUCUGGAGCCCUAUUAAUCUGCAAUUUUGAUUUCUGUAUGAUGCAUCAGCAUUUUAUCUCAAUUCAUAAAUGACUAUUUUCCUCUACAA